AUGGCUGCCCCAUCUGCUGAACGAGUCGCCGACCUGAAGGCAAAGUACACCAAGGCUGGUCAGGGCCAGGUCUUCACAUUCUACGAUAGCCUCGAUGCCUCUGAACAGGCGACGCUCUUCGAACAGCUCGAGAAGUUUAAGCCUGAGUACAUCAACGAAAUCACCAACCGGGCACUCAACCCCCCCAAGGUCGAAGAUGAAAGCGCGAAAACUGGCCUCGAGCCCCUUCCCGAGUCCGCCAGGGCGAGUAUCCUCGACUCGGCCAAGGAUGAUAUCGAUCGGUGGUACGAUCUAGGUCUUGACCUUAUUUCACAGAACAAGGUGGCGGUCGUCCUCAUGGCCGGUGGUCAGGGCACUAGGUUGGGCAGCUCCGCCCCCAAGGGCUGCUUCGACAUUGGCCUCCCCUCCCACAAGAGCUUGUUCCAGAUCCAGGCCGAGCGUAUCCGGAAGAUCGAGGAACUUGCCUCCAAGAAAUCGGGUGGUGCUGCCGCCGUCGUGCCUUGGUACGUCAUGACUAGCGGUCCUACCCGCGGUCCCACCGAAGCCUUCUUCAAGGAGAACAACUACUUUGGCCUAAAGGAGUCCAACGUCGUCAUUUUCGAGCAGGGUGUUUUGCCUUGCAUCUCCAACGAUGGCAAGAUCCUCCUCGAGUCCAAGUCCAAGGUUGCCGUAGCUCCCGAUGGCAAUGGUGGUAUCUACCAGGCCCUCGUCGUCCAGGGCGUCCUCGAUGAUUUGCGCAAGCGGGGAAUCGAACACAUCCACGCGUACUGUGUCGAUAACUGCCUCGUCAAGGUUGCGGAUCCCGUCUUCAUUGGCUUCUCCGCCUCCAAGAAUGUCGAUAUUGCUACCAAGGUCGUCCGCAAGCGAAACGCCACUGAGUCCGUCGGUCUCAUUCUCCUGAAGAACGGUCGACCCGACGUCGUCGAGUACUCCGAGAUCGAUGAAGCCACCGCCUCAGCCGAGGACCCUCAGCAGCCCGGUGUUCUCAAGUUCCGCGCCGCCAACAUUGUCAACCACUACUAUUCGUUCAGCUUCCUCGAGAGUAUUCCUCAGUGGGCUGACAAGCUCCCCCACCACAUCGCACGCAAGAAGAUUCCCUAUGUUGAUCUAGCCACUGGGGAGAGCGUUAAGCCCACUAAGCCCAACGGCAUCAAGCUCGAGCAGUUUGUCUUUGACGUGUUCCCCAUGUUGGAGCUUAGCAAGUUUGCUUCUCUGGAAGUGAAGCGCGAGGAUGAGUUCUCGCCACUCAAGAAUGCGAGGGGCACUGGUGAGGACGAUCCCGAUACUAGCAAGCGCGAUAUCAUGGCGCAGGGUAGGCGCUGGGUCGAGGCUGCUGGUGCCGUCGUGGAGGCAGAGACUGCCGACACUGGCGUCGAGGUGUCCCCUCUCUUCAGUUAUGGCGGCGAGGGCUUGGAGAAGCUCAAGGGGCAGACCAUCCGCGCUCCGACGGUUCUGGACUCGUAA